AGGUGGAGAGAGCGCGCGAGACACAAUUGUGAAUCGCUCUCACAGUCCAGCAGAUAGGUGCUGCAAACGCACGCUGCGUACAUGCAUGUGUUGAGUGGGCGCUUGGAUUGAGAAUGCGGGAAAGAAGGAGGAUUCUCACGUAAUAAUUCACCGACAUUUUCCAAUAUCUACAUCGGGAAUUACAAUUGUCCUUGUUUGUUUCAUUUUUUUUUAUUCCCUCACUAUCAGUUUUUUUGUACUCUAUCCGUAUUGCUUGCGACUGUGAGAACUAACGUUAACUACUUACGGGCUGCUUGUUAUAAGUGAGUGAAUGUAGAGAAGAAAUCAGAGUGCACGGAUGCUGCUUGGAUAGGCUGCUGGACACAUAAUGUGUUGCUUAUACGCUGUUUCAAGGCAUGAUAAGAUAUUCGGAAUCGUUAUGAAUUCAUGACAUAGGAUAUAACCAGACUGAACGGACUGUUAAAGAAACAUUUAUUCGUUGCUGGAAAAAAGGGGUGAGGAUAAUCCCCCCCACCCCACCCACAAAAAAAAUGAAGAAAAGUAUAGCGGGUGCACUUGCUCUCAUUCACUGCAGUUGAAGCGGUGUUGGAGUGCGUCCGGAGUAUGAAGUCUUACACAUCCUGAAACGAAGGACUUCAAAUUAACCGAGAAGGAAAAUUAUGUUUAACAAAAACAAUAGCAGCAAGUAAACGUCAUCCUCAUUCGAUUCAAGGCUUUAUAAUCCAGUUAAGACAUUGCGGGGAACAAUGAGGACUACUGGCGCAGUGGACUAUAUAUGCUACAGUAUACUCCUCCUGCAGCUGCUGAAUCAGCCCGAUGCCAAGCAAGUGUUGCGAUAUCGCUUGGCUGAGGAGGGACCCGCCGAUGUCAGGGUAGGGAACGUAGCCAAAGACCUCGGAAUCGUCGCCGGGUCUGGUGAGGUUACGUUUACCCUCGAGUCCGGCUCUGAUUUUUUCAAAAUAGAUAAUAUAACAGGUGAGCUGACCACUAAUGAACGGCGGAUAGACCGUGAAAAAUUACAGCAGUGCCAAAUGAUAUUUGAUGAAAACGAAUGUUUCAUAGAUUUUGAAGUGUCAGUAAUUGGACCGGCUCAGAGCUGGGUUGACCUGUUCGAGGGGAAAGUCAUUAUUUUAGACAUAAAUGACAACACCCCGUCUUUCCCCUCUCCUGUUCUGACACUGUCAGUGGAAGAGAACAGACCGAUUGGCACUCUCUAUCUCCUGCCCACUGCCACCGACAGAGAUUUUGGCAGGAACGGAAUUGAGAGAUAUGAGCUUAUUCAGGACAGCGGGGAGAGCUCCAGGCGCCUGGGUUCGAACUCAGGGGGACGCGGAGUGGACAGCAGGAGAUUUGAUGAGGGGGCAGCCAGGAGCAGCGUCUUUGAACUGCAAGUUGCUGACACAACUGAUGGGGAAAAACAGCCGCAGCUCAUCAUUAAAGGAGCGCUGGACAGGGAGCAGAGGGACUCUUAUGAGCUCACCCUGCGUGUUAGGGAUGGGGGCGACCCCCCACGCUCCUCCCAGGCCAUCCUGAGGGUGAUGAUCACUGAUGUGAAUGACAACAGCCCCCGCUUUGAGAAGGCUGUGUAUGAGGCUGACCUGCCAGAGAACAGCUCCCCUGGUGCCCCCAUCCUGCAGCUGAAAGCAGCUGACGCAGACGUUGGGGUGAACGGUCAGAUUGAGUACGUAUUUGGUGCGGCCACAGAGUCAGUGCGUAGGCUGCUGAGGCUGGACGAGGGCUCGGGGUGGCUUAGCGUGCUCCAUCGUAUUGACCGCGAGGAGGUGAGCCAGCUGCGCUUCACGGUAAUGGCAAGGGAUCGAGGUCAGCCACCCAAAAUGGACAAGGCAACCGUGGUCCUCAACAUCAAAGAUGAGAACGACAACGUGCCUGCUAUCGAGAUUCGUAAGAUCGGACGCAUUUUCUUGAAAGAUGGUGUGGCCAAUGUGGCAGAGGAUGUAGUGGUGGACACGCCUAUAGCUUUAGUCCAGGUGUCAGACCGCGACCAGGGCGAGAACGGCAUCGUGACCUGCACUGUGGUGGGUGACGUGCCCUUCCAGCUCAAACCGGCCAGUGAGAUUGAGGGUGAGAUGAAUAAGAAGAAAUACUUUCUCCAUACAUCAGCCCCGCUGGACUAUGAGGCCACACAGGAGUACAACGUGGUCAUCGUGGCUGUGGACUCAGGAAGCCCUAGCCUGGCCAGUAAUAACUCGCUUAUCGUGAAGGUGGGAGACUUCAACGACAACCCACCCAUCUUUAGCCAGAACGUGGUGGAGGUGUCCUUUCUGGAAAACAAUGCCCCAGGCGAGAGGGUGACCACAGUGCAGGCAAUCGAUGCUGACAGUGGCAAGAAUGCAGAAAUCGCCUACUCCCUCGUCUCCUCUGUAAAUGGGAUAUUCUCCAUUGAUGCAGACAGUGGUGACAUCAGAGUAAACACCAUUCUGGACAGGGAGCAAACAGAGAGGUAUGAGUUCAAAGUGAUAGCUAAAGAUAAGGGCAUGCCCAUACUUCAGGGGUCAGCCACUGUGGUGGUCCUGGUGGCAGAUAAGAACGACAAUGAGCCAAAGUUCAUGCAGGACGUGUUCACCUUCUACGUCAAAGAGAACCUAACACCCAACAGCCCUGUUGGCAUGGUGACCGUCAUUGACGCUGACAAGGGCCAGAACGCUGAAAUGAGCCUCUUCAUCGAGGAAGAGGAGGAUAUCUUCUCCAUUGAGAAUGACACAGGAACCAUUUUCUCCACCAUGUCAUUUGACCGCGAGCAGAAGACUUCAUACACGUUUAGGGUCAAGGCUGUGGACGGUGGAGACCCACCCAGAUCCGCCACAGCCACCGUGUCACUUUUUGUGAUGGACGAGAACGACAACCCGCCAACCGUCACCUUCCCCAUCAACAGCACUUACACUCUCCUGCCCCCCUCCAGCAACGUCAGGACUGUAGUACGAACCGUCAUAGCCACUGAUACGGACACAGGGAUCAACGCUGACCUGAACUACAGCAUCAUCGGUGGAAACCCCUUCAAACUGUUUGAUAUUGACGGAGGCAGCGGGGUCAUCUCCCUGGUGGGGAAGCUGGAGCAGAAACACUAUGGCCUCCAUCGACUCGUGGUUCAGGUGAACGACAGCGGGCAGCCCUCCCAGAGCACCACUACCCUUGUGCAUGUCUAUGUCAAUGAGACCCUCUCCAACUCCACCAUCGUAGAGGCCCAGGUGGCCAAGAGCCUGGGUACGCCGCUCAAUACCAACAUCGCUGGUGACCCCAACUACGACCUGGGUAAGCAGCGGCUGAGCAUCGUCAUCGGGGUGGUCUCGGGCAUCAUGACAGUCAUUCUCAUCAUCCUCAUCGUCGUCAUGGCCCGUUACUGCCGCCCCAAGAACAAGAAUGGCUAUGAGGCAGGCAAGAAGGACCACGAGGACUUCUUCACCCCUCAGCAGCAUGACAAGGGCAAAAAGCCUAAGAAGGACAAGAAGAAUAAGAAGUCCAAACAGCCACUGUACAGCAGCAUCGUUACCAUUGAGGCCUCCAAGCCCAACGGCCAGCGCUACGAUGGUGUCAACGAGAAGCUGUCGGACAGCCCUGGGAUGGGCCGAUACCGGUCUGUUAACGGAGGGCCCGGGAGCCCGGAUCUGGCCCGGCACUACAAGUCCAGCUCGCCACUGCCCACGGUCCAGCUCCACCCCCAGUCACCCACGGCGGGGAAAAAGCAUCAGGCUGUUCAGGACCUGCCCCCUGCCAACACCUUCGUUGGCACCGGAGAUAACAUUUCCCUUGGAUCUGACCACUGCUCUGAGUAUAGCAGUCAAACCAUCAACAAGUACAACAAACAGCCGUUCCGCCGAGUGACCUUCUCGGUGGUGAGCCAGCCCCAAGACCCCCACCAGCAGGGAUCGCUGCAGAGCUGCUACGACAGCGGGCUGGAGGAGUCGGAGACACCCAGCAGCAAGGGCUCUUCGGGGGGCCCAAGGCUGGGUGCGCUGCCCCUGCCCGAGGACAGCUACGAGAGGACCACGCCGGAUGGCAGUGUCGGUGAGGCAGAGCAUAUGGAAAAUGACACCCGGCCCUUGCCCGACGUAGCCAUGACAGGCAAGUGCACUCGGGAAUGCGAUGAAUACGGCCACUCUGACUCCUGCUGGAUGCCUGUGCGCAUGUCGCCUGAGCGCCGGCCCAAGACAACCACAACCCAACAACCAAAGCUUUCCACCUUCAUGACUGGCGGUGGCAGCGGCAGCAGCCCUCCCGAGCAGCAGCAGCAGCAUCCUGGCAGCCAGGAAGCCCUGGCCGCCAUGUCCAAUGGAGACCCCUCCUCCCACGUGAUGCUGGGCAAUGACCGCAACCGCAACCUGCUCAACAAGAAGACAGCCUCCUCCUCCUCCUCCUACGAGGGCUUUGGCUCGCCCAGUUUUAGCCCACCGGGGGUUGAAGAGAGGGUGGUGGGUCACCCCAUUGAGGAGAUCCCUCUGGCCCCCACCGGGGAGUACAAGCCCUCACCCUGCGGCACGCUCACUCGCCGUGAGGUCUACCUGUGAGGGGGGCGGGGGAAGUAGCGCCAUGGUACAUAAACAUCAACAAUAUAGUAGGUUACCACAACGACAACAACUAAAGACACUUUUUACUGUACCAAAUGUACCUUGGCUGAGCAGGAAAGGUCCAAGGAUAACCCUUCUCCAAGACAACAACAACAACAACAUGAAACAAUGCUAAAAGCUACGUGGAUACAAGCAUAAUCCCUUUUAGAUUUCAGAUUCUGACCAUAUCCUGCAAGAGGAAGAAGAGGGUGGGGCUAUUGGUGGGACUCAAAGCGAGACAUUGGGUAACUGCUGCUGGCCGGCCAAUGGGAACAUUACUGCUGCCUGACCAACUCAUUUCCAUAAAACAUGCAUGCAUUAUCUCUCCCUGACCCCACCUCUUAAAGACUGUACUGUACAAAAGAGGAUCUUUCUUUAUUUUCCGCUCUUUUUCUAUAACUGUACUUGUGAACUAGUUUGAGUGUGGCAAUGAGAUGUGUGACAAAGGACCGAUGUCAUGCCUUUUGGGGACUUACUGACACUCCCACCCUCAUGCAAGCAUCAUAUAGCCUACAUACAGUAAUGUGUCAUAUAUCACAUCACGUGUCAUGACACCUUUGUGCUACUCACUCUGGAUUCUGGAUUCUGCAUUUCAACAGUUUAUGAUUCAAUGUUGCUUUCUCAUUCAAAAAGAGACCCAAACACAACCAAACAACAAUAGACUGCGAAGGCUACUAGCAUGGCAUCAUCGUUAACAUUUGGGAAAGACUAAGCUUUAACUUUCUGUCCUGUGGAUGAGACUGUGUGUAUCGCCUCAUUCAUAGGAGAAUAUAAUUAAGAAAAUGGACUAAAUGGAGCCAAUGUGGUUGGCAAUGUCCAAGCCACAGUAGUCCCUGACCCACAGGGUGAAUGAGGAAAUGAUGUCGAAGUAUGCUUAUUUACCAGUGUGCAUAUAAUACUCUCUUUGCCUCUUUCAUAGACACCUAUAGAAGUGAACAUUGGACAUAUACAUCGAUUCAGACCAAUACUUUAAAGCUCACUUUCCCCUUCUCUCUCUCUAUCUUUGGAUGGCCUGAAAGUUGAAGACAAAAAAUACAUUGGAGAUGCAAGUUUCUAUCUAGAACCAUGACCAAUCUGAACUGGUUGGCGGUCUUUGCUUGAGUUGCGUAAUAUGUUUGUACGUAGUUGUGCAUAUAUUGAUUCCUAUUCAGAUGAAAGUUUCCCACAGAGACAAGCAGACACAAAUUCACACAAAUCAAGACACAGCUAACAUGUCAUGGUAGAUUUGAGUUGAGUUAGUUGAGAAAAAUGCUGGGGAUGUAAAAGCAUGCAUGAUAGGGUAGGUUGAGCUGGUCGAGGAAAGCUAUGUUUUGACGUUUUUUCCGUUAACCUUAUUUUGUGUUAAGGUGUGUGCUAGAAUGAGCAAUAAAUACCAUAUUGUACACAACACUGACAUGACCACACUCUCUAUCACAUAAUGGUAAGAUUAGUACUCUAACAAGGUCCAUGUUCAACUACCCAGAUGUCACCAGUGGUGGAAGUACAUUUCCAUACGGCACAUCUCAAUGAAUUACAAUCGAAAAUACCUAUUGAUGUACAGUUACAAAGAGGCGUGGGGAAAAAGACACCAGUUUAGCAUCUUACAAGUUAGUAUGUGAGAGAAACCAAAGCAUAGGAAACAACAAACUGGCAUGAAGGUACAUGGGAGAAACUACAGUACUACUACAAGUUGCUUUAAAUACAUGCAUAUGUGUAAGUGUAUAGUGAGAGCAUAGGUUGAAUUGAGCACGGGUGCGACGUGUAGGCAAACGUGUAGGCAUGUAGGCAAACUAUUUUGGACAACCACAUACACACAGAAACACACACAAUAUGAAGACAUUGUGCCUCCUUACCCAUCGCUAGUGGUCUUUUUCACUGGUGAGUAGGCACAAGGUCUUGCCACCAUAACCGAGCAAAAGAAUAUCAGAUAAAUAUCAGAUGCAAUGGGAACCCUUUUGUAUGUUAGCUAACCCUUUGGUUCAAAACAGACUGCUUUUUGGCAGUCCACCAAUCUGUAAGUACUACUUGUCGUUCAAAGAAGUGUUCCUAUGCUUAUAAACGGUAUACAUACGUACUUUUUAUUGCAUGUUUAAAGGGAAUUUACUUACUCAGAAGGAGAAAAACAAAUUAAUGGAAAAUACACAAAAAAAACUUACCCUGUGAACAUGGAUGUCCAUCUUGUUGCUUGCUUUUGUUAUACCUAAACUGACAUUAGCCAUGUAGUAUGUAUGACUUAGUAUAUCAGUUUGAGGAGGAAGAAAUGUAUGUUUAUUUAGCAUAUUUCUUUAACUUUCCAUCAUAUUUCUUUGAUUGUUUCUUUCAUUCCUGUCAGACAAAUUUCCAGACCGUUCCCCAUUCCACUGAACAAACCUUACAGUUAUAACACACCUUCAGUUCAAGGUUGCUCACCUGUAAUGUCUGAACUUACAUAGUACAGUAAGACGAUUUGCAACUUUGUACUGGCAUUGCAUUUCCAUCCCCCUUUUUCUCUCUCUCUUUUUUUUCUAUUUGAUAUACAGAACCUUGGAAAUAAUCAUCUUUAUGUGUUUUAUUUUUUUGUCAUAUUUUCUGUUGACAAUUUGUAUAUUUAGAGUGCUUCUGUAAAAAAGAAAAAUGUAAAAAAAAACUAAACUAUAGAGUGAAUUCAAAAUAUGCAAUUGUGCCUUUUUAUACCAAUUGGUAUGAUUCAAUGUUGGUUUGGAAUAGUACAAAACCAGUUAUGCUGACAUGCUUUCUAAAAGUAGUGGGGAUGGUAUUUAUGUCAAAUAUUAAAUAACUCCUGAAGAUUCUUAUACGAUAGAGGAAAAAUACAAUGACUUUCUGGCUUCUCCGGAUGUGACCAGUCAAAUGUCGGUAAAAGCCUGAUACAGUAGAUACAGUGUGGUACAUUGAUACAGAGUGGUCUUGAUGUGGUCUUUAUGUGGAAUGUUCAAGGUAUGAAUCUCCAUUCCUAGCAGUGUGGUUUCACCAAAUUACAACUUUUUGUACUGCUUAAUAUUAGUAAUAAUGACAAUAUAUUCUAACUAUUAUUAUCCUAUGGUGUUCUGCUAAUGUACAUGUUCAGUGCAACAACCUUAUGUGCAUGAAACACUCUUUCGGAUUAAACACAUUGGAGCUGGUAGAAGAAAAACUUUGAGACAUUUGACUGUUCAGGAUGCGAGGAAGCCUGGAAUUGCUAAUAUGGAGGUUGAAAAAAGUUGCAAGGUAGAGAUGCUGACAGAAUACACACCUCAGGAUGUACAGCAACCCCUAAUACACACUCACAAACACACAUUUACAACACAUACAUUACAAAAAAAGUCAACAAAGUAUUGGAAACAACAGAGAAGUAGUGUAGUAGGUUCUCGUUGCGUUGUAACAUAAAGGAAAUUGCAUGUCUUUUCGAGAAAGACCGAGAAAGGGAUAUAGAGGGAGGUAAGUGUUAUGAGCUUUUUUGAUUAACUCUUUACUCAAACAUUCAAUAUGCUACUUGUGCUUACUACUGAAUGUACAAUAUUAUCUGAUAGAAAAGAAACAGGGAGAAAAUAAAUUGUCUUUCCUUGACCUGGUAAUCCACAGAUGACUGUCAAGGUUGGUUUUUAGAAAAAUAUUUAAAAAAGUAUAUUUUUGCUACCUGAGGUGUAUGUUUAGUCAGCUCUCUCUUCUAUUAGUUGUUCAGCAUUCACAGUCUGUGAUGAAAUUUGUGAUAUUAACCAUAAACUAUUUGUCCUGCGACUUGGAUGUUGAUAUGGAAAUUGAGGAAACAGUUUAUCAUUGUUUAUUAUGAUUCACUAUGCACGCAGCUUAGCUGAACAUGGCAAAAUGUAUUGAACGCAAGCCCACUUCUAUUUAUGGAAUCUUUUACAUAAUGUAAUUUGCUUUUGUACAGGUUUCUGUAAAUAAACUGCUUGUCAUUUUCGUCUGUGCAGAAAUUAAAAUAUAACAUGGUAAAACUAUAUGGUA